CAACAGCCUGCUUCUGUCUCAACCAACAGCAAACAAGGGCGAGCAACUGCCGUCAAUCUUCAUCUGCUUGCUCCAACAACCGUUGUUGGCCCACGAUACAGACCGGGCCUUCUCCACCGUCUUUGCCUAGCUUGCCUCCUCGGAUGCAACCUUGUCCAAUUCGUCGACCAAACGCUAUAUACUCUUGCCCCUACAACAAUACAAGGCACCAUGUGUUAUCAGCUUGUUGAACUCUACUCGGCUUGCCGCUGCCUCUACUACCAGCACGCCAUUGACCGCUGCGCGGCAUACGGAAGACCGGGCCACAGCAUCGAGCAGCGCACAAUCUACGUCGGUUAUGCCUGCAGCGCACAUACUGGUCACAGUGCUCAUUACGCACAUGAAUCUACAUAUUCAGAUUCUGGCUACGGUAGU